UCCCGCACCAGCCAGGCAGCCACACACAGUCCAAGUCGUUCGGUCCCGCUGUCACACAUUUUUUCAAGUGCGGUUACGUCUCGUCGCCAGCAGCAGCAACAACAAGUUUUUAAAACACACACAGAAAGAGCCCAAGCCCCAAAUCGAUCGCAAAAUGAAGAAGUUUUUCGUUGUGUUUGUUGCAUUAUUCGGAGCCGCCGCGGCCCAAAGUAGUUUUAAAUGUCCCGAUGACUUCGGAUUCUACCCACACGAUGCUUCGUGCGACAAAUACUGGAAGUGCGACAACGGUGUCUCCGAGCUGAAGACCUGCGGCAACGGCCUUGCCUUCGAUGCCACAGACUCGAAAUACCUCACCGAGAACUGCGACUAUCUGCACAAUGUUGAGUGCGGCGAGCGCACAGAGCUGGAGCCCCCAAUCACCACGCCGCACUGUUCUCGCCUGUACGGCAUCUUCCCCGAUGAGAACAAGUGCGAUGUGUUCUGGAACUGCUGGAAUGGCGAACCCUCUAGAUACCAGUGCUCGCCCGGUCUGGCCUACGAUCGCGACGCCCGCGUCUGCAUGUGGGCUGACCAGGUGCCUGAGUGCAAGAACGAAGAGGUUGCCAAUGGCUUUGCAUGCCCUGCUGCCGGUGAGAUCGCGAAUGCCGGCUCUUUCUCGCGCCACGCCCAUCCCGAGGACUGCCGCAAAUAUUACAUCUGCCUGGAGGGAGUUGCUCGCGAAUACGGCUGCCCCAUCGGUACUGUGUUCAAGAUCGGCGACAGUGACGGCACUGGCAACUGCGAGGAUCCCGAGGAUGUUCCCGGCUGCGAAGACUACUAUGGCGAUCUGGAUUUGAAGAGCAUCCGCAAGAGCGAACUUCUAGCUGGAUUGAACAGUGAAGGUCGCACCAAGGGCGCGUCCAAAACCAAAGCUGCCUCCUCCUCCUCCUCAUAAACAUAAUAACAACAAAAACAACAAAUAACUAAACAAAAGCAACUACAACAAGAACAACAACUACAAUACAACAAGAUCAAUAAACUCAAUGCCCAAUUUCCACAUUUCCGCCACCUCCUCCCGCUGUCCCCCCCACAUCAAAAACAAAAAGAAUACUCAGCCAGCCUCGAAUCAUAAAUCCAAUCGCAUCAGAUCUAUUGCCCUGCCAUUCUCGUUCUUCUCCUUACUUCUAUUCCAUUUUGUGUUUCUAAUUUAGAACUCUCUUUCCAUUCGCAAUCUGAGACCAAUUUCUGCGUCAAAUCAAAAUUUCAACUCAAGUUUUUAGAUUCAAAAGGUAACAAAAAAGAAAAAACAAAAACAAAUAGAACAGAAAAGAACAUCGAGGAAUGAAAGAAUCCUUUCAAAAUGAAGCGUAAAAUUUAGAGAUUUGUACAUUUAAGUGAUCCUUGUUUAUAAGCUUAUAAUUUUAUUUUAUACAUAAAAA